AUGACAUCCGGACCAGCCCUGUAUGCCUACAAUGACGCCCUCUUCCGGCCGGAAGACUGGGAUAGCAUCCAGUCUGUGCAACGCAGCUCGAAAGCCGACAAUCCGAUGAAAGUAGGGCGGUUUGGAAUCGGAUUUAAUUCCAUAUAUCACAUCACAGACCUGCCCAGCAUUCUCAGCGGUGAGUUCGUGGGAAUCUUCGACCCUCACGAGAUGUUUUUCGGCGACCGUGAGACAGGCAACCGCUGGCACCUCUACGAUCCAGAGAUUGCCGAGCUAAGCGAUCAGUUCCAACCCUACAGCGGCGUGUUCGCUGACUGCAGCGGCGGCGUCGACACCGGGUACUACGACGGAACUCUAUUCCGCUUCCCGCUGCGUCGGUCGUCGUCCGAGCUCGCGUCGGCGACGUGCACGGAGAAGAACGUCCGAUAUCUCUUCGAUUCCUUUAUCGUCGAUGCAGAGAUCGUGUUGCUGUUUCUGAAGAGUUUGGAGUCGGUGGAUAUAUACGAGAGGGAGCGAGGCAGCCAGCGGGCGAAGCUUCUAUACCGGGUCCGCAUCGCUGAAGAUUGUGUCGACGACGUCCGGGACAAACGUCGGCAGUUCGUCGGCUCCAUGCAGAACAAUCCACAUCAACGCGUCAUGAUGACGCACGUCGUCACCGUGGAGACGUGCGACUACAGUGGCGCCACCGCGCGGACGACGACGCGGUCAUGGAUGAUUAAUCACUACCGACCGGGCCGCGAUGACGUCAGCAGAGACGUCGGCGAUCUGUCGCUGCAGCUGCGCAACAUUCCCUGGGUGAGCACGGCGGUGCCGCUAGAUGGCGCCACCUCGCACGUCGGCCGCGUCUCCUGCUUCCUGCCGCUGCCGCCUCCGUCGACGGACGACACGCCGACGCGGUUACCCGUCAACGUGAACGCUUACUUCGGUCUGACGGACAGCAGACGAGACAUUAAAUGGUUGGACGCCGAGCAGAGAAACGAUGCGUCUGCUAAGUGGAACGACGGGUUGUUGCGGGAAGUGUUGCCCGGGUCGUACGUGGAACUAGUGUUGGACGCAAUCUCAAGCAACAUGUUGGACGUCGAGAAAAUUAUGUCCCUGCUACCGGACAUCCGGGUAGUGGACGGGAAGUGGCGACCCAUGGCCGACGUCGUGCUCAGACAGCUGUUCGCUCAUCCGAUAUUCCACUGCGACGCGAACGGCGGCAGCUGGCUCCGACUUCGCGACGUCGUAUUGGAUAGUGACGACUCCGUAGCAGACUACAUCCGGCGGUCGGCGAGGAGCGUGUUGCUUGACGUCGGCUACCCCGUCGUACUGCUUCCGUCGGCCGUGCAGACGACCGUGCAGGAAGUCUGUCCGUUCUACAAUUCCGUGAGGAAGAUGACGCCCGGGUUGGUUCGCGAGGCGGUGAGGCGUUGCCAUGACGACGAUAUCGGUAGAUACUCUCGCGAAGAUCAACUCGCUUUCCUCAAAUACUGCCUCUCCGAUGAAAACUACGGUGAUCUCAGAGGACUGCUUCUGCUGCCGCUAGAGGGUGAGAGCUUAACGCGGUUUGUGACGUCAGGCGGUGCCACAGCGGAGGUGUUUGUGGUCGAUGAUAAUGAAUAUGAUGGAUUGUUCCCCGGGCUUGAAGAGAUUAUGCUGGACCGAUCACUAAGUCAAGACCUGGUGAACGAGCUCAUCCGAACGGAAGGAAGAACGCAGUUGAAGCUGGUAACACCGGACCUCGUUCCUCUGCUCGUGCAAAUGACGCUGGAGAGAAUGCCAGAGCUGAGUGCUGCGUGGAUGAAGCGACUGUGGAGCUACCUUCUCCGCAACCUCCCCGAGGACCUCUCCCUCUUCCACGACAUGUCCAUCCUCCCUGACGCUUCGUGUCUGGAGACGUUCAGUCUCUCUCUUCCGUCGGCCGUCAUUCUACGACAGAUGCACAGCGACACGAUACCGCCAGAGGUCGCUGAGGGGCUGCAGGAGCUGGGCAUGUGCGUCGUCGACGUCCCGACGUUCGCGCUCGCUCACCCGCAGAUUACGAAAUACGUAAACCUGCCGACGCCCGUCGGCGUUCUCACGGCGCUAGCGACGCGUCUCUAUGACGACGAUUGUCUCGACGAAGCACAGGAAGCCGUGGCGGAACUAGAACCUCGCGUAAAGAGGGCGCUGCGGAAGUUCUUCAGCGGCGCGAAUUCGCUGGACGACAGCGCCACCAACAUUCUCCGCGCGUUGCCUAUCUUCGAGGCGAACGCACGCGGAGCCGACGAGCCGACGUUUGUCUCCGCUAGGGAUGUCACGUGUUCGACCCCGCAGACGAUGCUUCCCGUCACCAUCCCGGACACUCUCAUCGACAUCAACUGCGAUAGACAUUCCCUCGAUCUCGCCGAGCAGCUGGGAGUAGAGGAGUGCUCCCUGGUCGAUGUACUACUAGAGAGCGUGCUGCCGGCCGUGGCGGAAGGAUCCUUCUACGACGCGGAGAACGUUGAUAAACUCGCCGACUGGAUGUCACGCAAUUUUAACGACGUGUUGCGCGAUAGUGAAUCUGUGAUCAGUGCUCUGAGUGAUUUAUCGUUCGUGACGAGUGGAGAGGGAGGGGGAGAGCGAGUGAGACCCGGAGAGUUAUACGACCCGACGUGCGAAAAACUGAAAAAGCUGUUUGCGAUGGAAAAUCGCUUUCCCGUGGGAAUAUACGCUCGCGCCGACGUGGUGGCCAUGUUGAAGUGUCUAGGACUUUUGUCGUACGAGCAAGUGACGAUCAAUCAUGUGAUUGAUGCGGCGCGUGCCGUGAGCUCGCACGAUGGCACGGGGGAAGGGCUGCAACCUACCCGCGAGAAAGCUCACGCGAUACUGCAGUGGCUGGAGGAAAAUGUAGAGCAGAUCGAUGGCACAGACGCUGCGUCUAACUUUGCCGAUAUAAGAUUUGUAUCGUGCGAGCGUGCGCCUACGUUAAUAUACCCGAAACAACUGCAUUUCGAGACGGUCGAUUUCGCGCUACCUUACGAGAUCGUUAGCGAUGAGUACGUUCAUCUUAUUGGAUCCGUCGUGCCGACGGUGGCGGCAACGAACUAUCCGAUGACGGCAAAGCUUUUCGGCUGGACCGAAAGUCCCGCUUUGCCGAGCGUGCUUGAGCACUUUAGAAACGUUGUCGACGCGUUUCACAGCGCGGAGAAAGGUCACUUCGAAGCGGUCGUCUACAGCAUCUACAAGUACCUCAGCGACAGCGACGAUUCCGACGUCGUCCAGUCUGUGACGUCGGCUGCGACGCCGUGGGUGUGGCACGGCGACGGAUUCACGACUGCCGACAGAGCCUUGACGUCAGUCUCUAGCAGUCUCGAUCUUCACCCGUACGCUUACGUCACACCGCCGAUGUGCACGGAAUUCGAACCUUUCUUCGUGCGAUGCGGUAUCGACGAACGACCGUCUCAAGAACGCCUCGUUAACAUUCUACACGAAAUUAGAGACAAGUGGGCGCACUGUCAGACGAUUCAUCCGUUCGACGAGUACGCCAAGGACAAGUUCAUGGUGCUGCAGAUUCUCGAAUACGUCAAGUCAGACAAUGAAAACGACAACGACGAGCUGCCGUACGACGUCAGAACGCGUCUUCUGUUGCCCGUGGCAACGACGAACGGGAGACUGGAGUUUGCGCUCGUGGACGAAUGCACAUACUGCGAACCGGAAGAACAGUGGCUGUACGAACAGUACAUGGAGAUCGAAGGCGGUACACAGAAACUGAAGUUUGUACAUCCAGAAGUUCCGAAGUCCACGAUCGAACUGCUCGGUGUUCCUUCUCUAUCGAAACAAUGGGUUGAAGCUGAUGACGUCAUCGGAUUCGAACAGGCGGGUCAACAGGAACCGCUGACGCGUCGCAUACACAGACUACUUCAGGAGUACAGCGACGGUCUGUCGAUCCCGAAAGAGAUCAUUCAGAAUGCCGACGACGCUGGCGCCACCGUCGUCAAGUUUCUCUACGAUCGACGACAGCAUUCCGAAUCCCAGACACAGCUGCUCGAUAAGGCGAUGGUAAAGUGUCAAGGUCCGGCUUUGUUCGCUUACAAUGACGGAGUUUUCACCGACGAAGAUUUCGUCAACAUCACGAAACUGUCCGGCGCAACGAAGAAGGAGAAGACGGAGAAGAUCGGCCACUUCGGACUCGGUUUCAACUCGAUCUAUAACAUCACGGACGUGCCGAGCAUCGUGAGCAGAAACUACGUUCUCAUCUUGGAUCCGACUACGGCGCAUCUCGGCCGGCAGAUCCGAGACAAAUCGAAACCCGGAAUCAAGAUCAACACGCGCAAGCGUUACUUGGACAUAUUCGACAACCAGUUCAAACCGUAUCACGGCGUCUUCGGCUGCUGCCUCUCCGGCGAAACCGGAUUCAAAGAGUUCGACGGAACUCUGAUCCGGCUUCCGUUGCGGACGACAAGCAGCGAGAUCUACGAUAAGUGUUACACGGAUAACGACAUGGUGGACCUGCUCUCUAUUCUCGCGAAAGAAGCCAAUACGCUCCUGCUGUUCACGCAAAGCGUCAAGAAGGUUGAAGUCUACAUACAAGAUGACAGUGAUGUGCUAUCCCCCGUAAAGCUGCUAUCCAUAUCAAAAGCAGCGCAGUCAUACGUGAGAGAACUCAGGGCGCCGCUAAACCUAGCAAACUGCGAUCGUUUCACACAGCAGACAAGCAUACUGAGAGCGUCCGCCUUCAAACUCAAGGAGAUAAAAGAGAUAGACGAAGAUCCGCAGUCGGUAAUGAUGGACAGCAGCAUCGUCAUACAGAUGGGAUGCAGAGUGACGAAAGAAGGAAGAGAUUUCUUCCGCGAUCAGGCCGCGUCGACUAACUCUGUCUCGUGGCUGAUAUGCUCCGUGAUGGGUGGCAAAGAUGCUUUAGCUUUGGCUAAGACUAACCGCUCGCUCGUUCCGUGUGCAUCGGUUGCGGUGCCCGUCGAAAAGGUCGAUAAGGAUGAAGAUUAUUUUAUUCCUCAUUCCGUUUCUAGUCCCGAGUGUUCUAGUCAAACGACGGGCGCGGUUUUCUGCUAUCUCCCGCUGCCGAUCGUGGCUGGACUGCCCGUACACGUAAAUGGAUCUUUCGCCAUUACUCCCAGCCGCAGACACCUUAUCGAGCGGGUCAAGUCGGACAAACCUGACGUGAGAGUAGAUUGGAAUGAAGCGAUGAUGGAAACGCUCACACUGGCCUAUCUCAGGAUGCUGAGCGACGUAAAGAAGCUUCUACCGCCGACGUUCACAUCGUAUCACUACCAUCAUCUAUUCCCACUGCCGACGCACGGAAUCUGGAAGAUCUUAGGCACUUGCUUCUACAAGCAUCUGGCCACGUCUCCCAAGGCUUGCCUCUUCUCUGACGAACACGGAUGGGCGGCUCUCACACGCUGCGUGUUCCUGGAUACGGACAUCCGCUGUGCUCCCGGGAUAGGCGACACAGCCCUCGCCGUGCUGCGCCUCCUAGCGAACAACAUGGGCAAGCUCGUCAUCGAUAUGCCGCCUGAGAUAUUCCAGGAGUUCCUAGCAGCGGGAUGCAGGGAGGAGCUGCACGGGAGCAUGUACACUCAGGUGGAGUUCUUCACCGAACUCUUCCUCCCCGCCCUCGGCGACAUACCGGCGGCUCUCCGCGAUCCGCUAGUCGUGUUCGCUCUCGACAGCGGAUGCGAGGAAAUACAGAGAAGCUUGAGCGAGUGUAACUGCAUUCCGGCGUCCCCUGGCGGCGAGUCUCUCAAACGACCAUCGGAGCUGUUUCACCCGGAAGGCGCGGCUUCUCUGCUCUUUACAGGAAACGAUGGUAGGUUCCCGUUUGGCACGAAAGACACGUAUUGCAGUCCUCAGCGAUUAGAGACUCUCUGUCAACUAGGAAUGGCCAAGGAUCAUCUAUCGUCAGAGGAUAUACUUGAUAGAGCGUUGUCUGUCGCUCGCAUCCCACACCACGCUGAUUCCCUACGGCAAUGCAGACUGUUGCUAUCACACCUGGAAAACAACCCAGACAUGCUAGACAGCGUUGACCUCCGUCACAUUCCCUUCAUUCCAGUUCUCGCCAGACCAAGCGACCACCCGGUGGAGUUACCCUGGGGAGGAGACACAAUCUCGGAAAGAUUUCUAGCUCCCGACCAACUGUGGGUGGCGUCAACUAAGAAUGCCAUCGGUGUCGUUAACGCAAUCGUUGACGACAAAACCGUUCCCGUCAGCAAUACAAUCACUGAGAAACUCAGCUUUAGAAGUGCACCGAUCAUCGAGGAUGUUGCAGAACAGAUGCGCAUAAUCUGUCGAGCGAAUCUCGACCUGAAGGAUAAGAAACUUGCGACAUUUAUUCAAGCGGCAUUCAGAGAGGCCUACACGCAUCUACAACACGUCGUGGAGAAAGAUUCGGAAGCUCUUGAAAACGCGAAAGAGAUUUUGCAGGGUCAACCAUGCAUACUGGUCGGAACAAACUUAUUAGGGGUAGAGCAGGUUGCGUUUGAGUGGAGCACAACGUUACCUCCAUAUCUUUUCGAGUUGCCUUUAGAACUGAGAACCCUCUAUAAGGACGUCUUUGAGCACCUGGGCGUGAAGCAAAGGUUUGACUAUCGAGAUUACAUGACCGUCCUUCAACAGAUCCGCAAAGACUACAGCAGCAAGCGACUCGGAGGAGAAAUCAGUGACGUUGUCGUCACACUCAUUCGACUCCUCGCUACAGAAAUGAAAGCAGCUCAACUGACGACCGAGGACGUCGAGAAGGAAUGCGGUUCCAUCAUCCUGUUAGACAACCAUGGUGUCAUGCAGCUUCGUAGCUUGCUCUGCUUUAACGAUUGCCCUUGGGUGCCCGAUGACUCAUCGUUCCUCUACGUCAGCACAAAGAUCGACUACCACACUGCGUCCGUGUUCGGAGUCAGAACAAAGAAACGAGAGAACGUUCUACGCAUCGCGGAAGGAUUCAAGCUGCCGUUCGGACAACGGGAGAAACUGACGGGCAGAAUAAAACGCAUUCUAACCGGAUACAACGAAGAGGAUGAAAUUCUUAAGGAGAUGCUACAGAACGCAGACGACGCCGGUGCGACAGAGAUAGCUUUCAUAAACGACAGCCGGCAGUUAAAAGGCGAUCAUUUACUAGACGACAACUGGAAGAUGAUACAAGGUCCAUCUCUCUGCGUCUACAACAACGCUCCGUUCAGACCUUCGGAUAUAGUUGGGAUUCAGAAUCUCGGUGAAGGGAGUAAGGCCACCGACUCGUAUAAAAUGGGUCGCUACGGAGUCGGGUUUAAUGUCGUCUACAAGGUGACAGAUCUGCCGACAUUCCUUACAAAAGGCGACGAAAUCGGUGAGUGUCUCUGUGCGUUGGAUCCACACGCUUCAUACUUGUCUGGGACAACGCCGGACACCACGGGCGUCAUGCUAAGAGUGAGUAGUUCGGUUCGGGACACUUACAGCGACAUGUUCGAUUGUUACAUAAGCGACGAGUUUCACAUGCAGAACGCAACGAUGUUCCGAUUGCCUUUACGAAAUCGCAAAAUGGCGGAAACGUCCAAGAUCAGUUCGAGCGAGGUAUCGAAUAAGGACAUAUCUCAGAUGUUCGAAAUCUUCAAGCAACAGAUGCUAGACAUUCUACUAUUCACUAACAAUGUGAAGACAGUAAAACUCGUUCAGAUACCGAUGGCGGAAGGUGACAUUGAGGAAUACAUUGUCACCACCUCACUCUCUAAACACGACGAGAUCUCUAAGUUGUCCUUCAUUCAGCACGUACGCGAUAUUUCACUGUCACUCAGAGAAGGAAAUCUCAAACUUGAGGACAUCGACAAACGGACGGUCUCGUACGUGGUACACGUUAGCGACAACAAGGGAGUAAAUGAAACGUGGACCGUCAAUCAACAAAUCGGGUUCGAGCCUGGCACCACCAUACCCGAAGCGGUGACAUCAGCCUUUGCGAGUAAAGAGUUAGCAAUGUUGCCGUUAGCGGGCACGGCAGCGCAACUACCAACUAAUGUUGCUCCGUCCGCAGCGAACCACGAGAAGAGAAAAUGUAAAGUGUUUUGCUACCUGCCGCUGCCCGGUUCCUCGGAGCUAGACGUACACGUAAAUGGACAGUUUAUUCUCGAUCACGAAGCGCGCAGACGACUGGAAGAUGGCGGCGGCUUCAGACGAGCAUGGAACAUGGCCCUCAUCGAACAUGUCGCGGCUCCGUGCUAUCUCGCUCUUAUCAACGCCAUCAAAGACGAACUCGAUAAAAUACUCGCGCGCGAAUACAAAUGCAAUCACGCGAGAUCGGACGGCGGUCGGGAACUUGUAAUCGAUCGACUGAAAGCAUACUCGUCGGUUUUCCCGCCACCCGGACUCCCGGCGGAUACAUUCUGGCGCGCACUGAGCUGCAGUGUAUACACUGCAGCGAACGCAAACAACGCCUCUAUUAUUCCUGUUGCUCUCACUCAGCAGCAGCAGUAUCGGGUAGACUGGUACCCGCCGAGUGAAGUAAACUUUCGCGCUUCAACGACCGAAGAAUUACGCGUCGAUAACAACAAACUCGAUGUUCUGGCGUCAUCAAGUCGACUCGAUGAAAUCCUGCUGGAUAUCGGAUUUAGAAUCGCCGCGUGUCCAAACUCAAUCCGUCAAGCGUUCGCAGAAGCCGAUGAGAUAGUCAGCCACGUAACGCCGACAACUGUAAUCUCGUAUCUCAGAGGCGCCAUGGAAUCGUUGCCGUUACCGUGCCACAUAACAAAAACGAAAUUCAAGUCUGUCGACAGACUAGAAGCGUUGAUAGACUUCUGCAAAGACGCUGACGAUUUUUUCGAGGAGCUUGCCGGCUUACCUCUGCUGCUGAGAAACGAUCACACACUUCAGAGGUUUAGCACGGAUGCGCCUGUCUACCUGACGGAGUUUGCCGAUCUACUGCCAGACGAGCAACAAGCGUUUCUACACAACAGUCUCGCGUCUCGUUUCAAACCGGCAAUGGCGGUCGCAGACCCCAAGGCUGUGUUCAGGCGGUUCACGCCCGCUGAUCUCGCGUCGAGGUUGGAAGGCGUGCUAGACAGCGGGACAUUUCUCGAGCAGAAAUACGUUCAGACGAGUAAUGACAUGUCGCCGUGGCUGCGGCGUCUCUGGACGUUUCUCAGGGAAUGCGCGCACGAGGACGAAGCCGGGAACACAGACGAGCUGUUCAGGCCGAUAGAGAAAUGGUGUCUGUUACCGGUAAAGGUGGCGACCUCUGCCGGGAUGACGGAGUCGUAUCUCGUGCAAAUAUCGCAUGCGAAUCUCAUACUGGACCUCAGCGUUGAAACCUCUCCAGCCGAUAUUUCUCAGAAGAUGAAAACCGCUUUGACGGCGCUUGCAGUUCCCGAACUAGACGUCGGGUUAAUUUACGAAGAAAAGGACGCGGAGAUGGUAACGGCAGAGAGGGACAUACCGCAGGCGCUGUGUGCAAAUCUGAUGAAGGCAGAGAGUAUCCUGCAGGCGAUCAGCAAGGCAAGCAAAGAUGACAGGCUGGUGAUGCGAUCAGCGACCGCAGAGAUGUGCGGGGACAUCCUCAUGUACUUCUCCCAGAACAUCGCAGCACUAGAGGACGUGGAGGACAGCGAUGAAGUGCUGCGUGCGCUCCCGCUACACGUGACGAUAGGCAAUAAACUUGUGAGUAUCGCAGAGACGGACGCCUUCCUGAUCUCCAGCCAGAGCAAGCUGCUACAGAUGGACCAGCGCUGGAUGGACUACUGCGAUGUCACUUUUCUCGUGAAGCAGAGUCACAAACUCAUCGAUCUCUACAACUUCCUCGACUGUCCCGAGAUGGAGCCGACCGAGUUGUACCUCAACCACAUCCUCACGCACUUCCAUCGUUUCUCCCCGGACGCCAUGGCGCAACACAUGGAGUACGUUCGCGAUAGGGUGUGGAAGGACUGCAUGAUGUCUGCCGGACAGAGAGGGUUCCUCCUUCAGGAAUCCCUUAAAAAGCUUCAUUUCCUACCGGGAGCAGACGGGAAGCUGCACACCGCAUCCUACUUCUACGAUCCUAAACAGAAGACGUUCGAGAUGUUACUGGAUGCUGAGCGAUUCCCUCCGUCUCCUUACAACUCUGACGAAUGGUUGCCGCUGCUGCGUAACGUCGGACUGAAGAAUUCGUUGACGUGCGAUCUGUUUCUGGAGUUCGCGCGGAAGAUUGCGAGCGAGGCGGCGACGGCGACGCCAUCGGAAGAAACGCGUGAGAAGAGCGUCACGUUGGUGAACUAUCUCUUCGGUAAGAUGUUGGUCUCCCACGACUACUCUUCCGACGAUCUGCUAGGUCUACUCUCAGCGAUAAAAGAUCUAAAGUUUUUAGCACCGGAGACGAUGAGCGGAGAACUGCUGGAUUUAGCGCCCCCUUACGGUCAGCAGGAGACUGAGUGUUAUGUGAGGUUUAACGGAUCCGUAUGUCCGGGGUACACGAAACUCGCAUGGGCCGUCAGCACGCUCUUACCUCCGUACGCCGACCCCACGAAACACUACACGAGCAGACUCGACGGACAGAGCAUCGUAAACGCACUCGGAGUGAAGUCCGUCCCGGGGAAUUCUACCGUCGUCAACAACGUCACCGCCGUCGUCGGUCACGUGAUGAACUUCCGGGAGGAAGUCGUCGCCGACGCCGAACUAAAGCGACGCGUCGACUGCGUCACCGACCACUUCCGGUUCCUGAAGGAACACGCUCCGCUAGACAAGGAAACUCAGAUGAAACUCGGCUGGACGAAAUGCGUGCCGGUUGAGAUGGGCAGGACGUUCGUCGAACCGUACAAGAUCGUGAUCGAACUAGCGGUGGAAGACGAAAUUCCACCCUUCCUCUACAAGAUUCCUCUCAGCAUGGGACCCUUCUCCGACCUUCUCUCUCAGCUCGGAGCAGCACACACAGUGACGGUCGCCCAGUACGGGAAGGUUCUCCAUAAUCUAUACGAAGAAACGAAAUUCUCCGAUUCGAAGCUUCACCCGAACGAAUGCGUGCUGGCGUUCAGAGCCAUCAAGAAACUCCUCACGUCUCUGAAGGACUCCGGCGCCGGCACCGAGUUAAAACGAUCCACCGUCUACCUUCCCAGCAAGUCGCUGAGAAUGUACAAGAGCACUGACCUCAUCUUCAACGAUAAGCCUUCCUUCAAGGCGGUCACUCUGAAUAAGGAGUACGUCAUCAGUCUGAAGGAAUGCGGAAUCGAUGGCAGUGAUUAUGAUUACUGGAAGCUGCUACCGGAUGAAGUCCGUCCCAAGAUGUUGAGUGACCUUGUCGAAGAGAGGAUGCUAACAGACGUUGACGAAGCAAUCGAAUGCUGCUCUCUGCAUCACUCUGUUAGACGUAUGCUGACGUCACAAUCUUUCCAGUGGGCUCUCCUCAGACUCAUCGCGCACGAGCGCCACCUACGAGGCGCCGCCCCCGACGAGGGGGCGCUGGAGGCGGACAUCGUCGGUUGCCUGGCGACGCUGACGCUACACUGCGUCGACGAGCUUCGCGUUGGCCUGACGUACAAGACGUCGUCGCUGCAGAUACCCGAGACUGCCGUCGACAUCCCGUGCUUCGUGCGGAAAGACGCGGCCGACGACGACGGCGGCAGUCUAACGAUGAUCUACGUCAACCACGGGAAGGAACUGAAGGGAAUGGUCGAGAAGACCAUCGCUACCUUCCUCUGCGACCACUUUGUGGAGCUGGACCGCAGGAAGGACGUGCUACACGUGCUACUCAGUAACGAAGACAGUCACAUGCUCAUCCUAGAUCAGUACAACAUCAAGAAGGACGAGCAGGACGAGGGAGCGGACGAGGAAGCGGCGACGUUGCCGAAACCUGGAGACUUCAUUCCCGUGUCCGAUCAGCAUCUGCUGCAGCAGAGCUUGGAUCGACGUUCGUGCUUCCGGCCCGGAGAGUACGUCGGCUACGAAGUCGACUGCGAGGAGCAAAGCGCCACCUAUCUGUACGCUGUCAUCGUCGACGCGAUGAGAACAAGAGGUGACGACGACCAGUCGGCCAUCACGAAGAAAUACCGGAUCGACGUCGGCCAGCGCACGCCCGUCGUUGCCAUGGCGACCGACAUCUACAAGUUCAUACGUCCGGAGAAGACGUCGUCGUCGGACGAACUGGUCGUGUACGAGUCGCAGCUAGAAGGUGACGCUGCCGAGGCGCAGCGCGUCGACGACCACGCCACCAAGCGGCAGAAGACGGUGGAGCAGAUGAAGCGGGAGGUGACGCAAACAUUGGAGGAGACGUGGCGACUGCCGGACGCCGAGAGAAAGAAGGUGCAGCGACGUCUCUAUCUCAGCUGGCAUCCGGACAAGAACCCGGAUGACGUCGCCACGGCGACGACCGUCUUCAAGCACCUCCAGGACGAGAUACAGCGCAUUGAGAAACGCAAGGAGAAGCUUUCGACGAAGACGUGGGACUCGUGGGCGAAGCGCCACAGCGAGCAGAGACAACGCUACCAGGAAAACAUGCGAGAGAACUACGAGGAGGAGGAGGCGGCGGGAGAGGAUGCCACGGACGGCGGAGCGGAGAAGGGUGCGGCGCGCAAGAAGAGACCGCGGCGGCAGAAGCGGCAGAAGGCGGCGGCGAAGGAGUCGGAGUUCGUGCCUCCCCCGACGUUUGAGAAGAAGAACCCGCAGCCGGGGGAGGCGAAGCGCUGGUACAGGCAGGCAGCCGAGGAUCUGAGGGCGGCUUACCACGAUCUUAACUCACACCCGCCGUCCAGCAUGUGGGCUUGCUUCAAGGCUCACCAGUCUGCAGAGAAAGCUAUCCGGGCAGCCCAGCUGUGGGAAGACGCUAUUCAGAUCGACUCCCACGAUCUAACGGACAUUUCCCGCGAGCUAGAUCACAAGGAGCUGAAGGCACGCGCGCGCCAUCUACAGUCGAUUUUAGGAGAUGCCGAGAGAAUGCUGUACCCGGGAAAACUACAGUACCCACAGAUACCGUCCGAGAGAUAUCCGCAUGAUAAAGCCGUCAGAGUCGUGGAGCUGGCCGAGAAAAUCAUCGGCUAUGUCGAAGCCGUCAUCGAGGUCUGACCACCAGGUGGCACCCCUAUCGGCGACUGCAGGCAGCGCCACACAGCGUCGGUUCACGGCUCAUGUCAUUUCGGCUUCAAUCGAGGAUCCAUGAGAAUCGAUGAUCGAUCCGUGAUGGAUCGAUAAUGGAUCGAUGAUGGAUCCACGAGGCAUCGGCAACUGCGUCGCAUUCCCUAGCAGGCUUUUGUUCCAGUAAAACUGCGACACUGUGUUGUGUGGGUGAGGUUGCAAAGCCCACGCGGGAGAGAUAAACCUAUUGCUAUACAUCAGGCGUCGACUGAAACAAACCGGAAUAAAGUGACUUGCUAAAGGGGUGAAUAGUAGUGGACUUGGAUAGAGCCGAACCCUAGAGCUUCCAGUCCGAAGUUAUUCGUGCAGGCCACGAAAGAAAUAGUGCUAAAUAGCACAACUUUCUUACUUGUGAUGAGAAACUGUUACGUCAUCUGCGUUCACAAUGUGCGAGCGUACGAUUAACAGGUUCAAUUAAUUGAUUAAUUGCUUUUAAUUAAUUUAUUUUUCUACGCGAAUGUUUUUUCGCCGUGCUCGUGUAUAAUGAGUAGGGAGAUUUAGUAACCCCGGGAACGCCAGCUAGUUUGAUUAGAUUUUAUUGUUAGCAACAUUAUUGAUGUAGUGCAUGGGACGAUAGGCUGCACGUUGAAGUCUGCGAAAAUGUAAAUUAGGGGUUUGAGAUAUUUGACAGCAUGUUCUAACAGCAUAAUCUUUACGCGCGUAGUUAAAGAGAUUAAAAUCCAAGAGGUUUUGUACAUAAGUAGAAAUGGCGGUACACUUAUUCAGAAUAAUAACCGAGCUGGGCUUGUAUUCGUACCUAAUAAUCACAUAUAUAUGUAUAGAGGGAUUGGUAGUUUGUACAUUGACAUUGUUACGAAGAUGGGUGGUGCGGCAACAGUUUUAUACGCGUUAGAGACACGGGCUAAUAAGCGUUUAUAUAUAACUUCAUUGUAAUUAAUUCCAUGAAUUUAUCAUGUAAUAAUGGGUAUAAUAUAAUAUAACAUAUAAAUCUCUAAAUAUAAUAUGUGCGUGUGCGUGCGUCGGGCAUGC